AUGGCAUUCUUUUCUCAAACUAGUCAAAAGGGCAUGCACGCUUUGCUAGGAAAAUGUCGAAUUAUCUGGCCUGUUUUAAGAUGUCAGCGUUUGUUUGCUGUCUCUUUGAACAUCCCCAUUAUGCAAAAGUUUAGCUGUUUCAGUUUUAUGACAUCUGCCAGCACUGCAUUGCCAGGGAAUUCCAAAGGAGCUGGUGUUUUUCCUGCUAAGAAAAGGUCUGAAGUUGAGCAUGAAGGAGGAACAGGAUGGGAUGAGGAGAGUAAAAAAACAUCGAAAGGAAAACUUUGCUUUUCUUCUGAAGCUUCAAAGAAACGAGUAGUGAGUCGAGCUCUUUUAAGGCAUAAGUUCACUGAUGUCCAGCCUCCAGAAGAACCUUUGCAGGCCGAAGAGUGGAAAAGACUGAGGGAAAAUUUUCAGUCACCUGAAAUAUUUGAAGAAGUGAUGCUUAACAGUAUGAUCAGAUGCAAAAGCCACGUAGAUGUGGCCAAGUCCUUGCUGACUUACGUGGCAAAGAGUGAUGGUGACAUUGGGUAUAAUUUGCUGAUCAAGUAUCUGGCAUUGUGUGUCCAACAGCAGAAGACGUCGGAAAUUUGUGAUGUGUAUGAUAUAAUGAAAAUGAGAUUCAAGACAUUAGAAAGUAGUGCCUACAAUCUUCUUAUCAGAGGGCUCAGUAAUUCAGAUAAAUGGAGAAUGGCCUUGACUCUUUUGGAGGAUGUAAAAAAAGUUAUGACUCCCUCAAGAACAAGCUAUGAAUCCUGUAUCAAAGUGGCCGGCAGGCACCAAGAAAUGAACCUGGCGUGUGAGCUCUACCAUGAUAUGCUUGCUAAAGACUUGGUGCCCACGUUGGAUGUCCUGCAGGCCUUUUUUGACUUUAGCAGGGGUACGAAAGAUGCUGAGUUAAAAAAAGAACUGUUUGGUAUCCUCUUAUAUUUGAGAGACAACCAAAUAUACCCUCACAGAACGUUUAUGCAAAGUAUAAAGCUAUGGUUUGAAAGUAUUCCAGGUGAGAGCUGGAGAGGGCACCUGACCAACAUUAAACCCAGUGGACUGUGCCCAGUUUGCCAUCGCCAGUUGGAGGAUAGUAACCUCACCGAGGAGGAAUACCAUUUUCUCAAAGAAAGAAUAACAACAGAUGUGAUACAUGGACGUGAUACUUUUAGAAAGACAAGUCCACAG